AUGUAUAUAUACUAAUUAAAACUAUAAGAGAAAUUUAUUAUGAGACAAGAAAUAUAGAUUUUCUGAGAUUUGGAAAAAACUAAUUAGCAAUUUCCAACAAGUAUUUUUAAAGGUUAUAAAAUCAGGUGCUGUUGUUUGCUCUCAGAAAUAUGAUAUGAAAAUAAAUAAUAAAGCUAUAACUAUAGAAUUUCUGAGUGCUGGCUUGGCAUCAAAAGCAAAAGAAGAUGAGCCCCAACACAUGUUUAAUAUCUCCUUGAAACCUUCUAGAAGAGAAGCUCUCCCAGACCUCCCAUUAUCCUGUCUCCAUGGUGUCAUGAUCUCAAGGAUAAAUGCAUACUAAUUCCUUGGAUCUAUUAUAUUGAACCAAGUUAAAAUUAAAAUUUCUUAAUGAUUAAUAUUUUUUACUCGAGAAUAUAAAUAUAAAUUAUUAAUUUUCAUAAAAAUUAUGUUAUUCUCUUUUUUAGUUCUUUCUUUUAAUUAAUAUUUUUAUUUUUAUUUUUGCUGAUCAAUGGUUGAAAUAAAAACCUCUAAACUUAAUGGCUAUUAUUCAAAGUCAUUACUGUAAAAUUUAUUGACCUUAUUGUAAAAUUCACCCACUUCCUGAUACUAUCUAAUCUAACUUUGAUUGUAUUUCAAAUGUGCUUAUUUCCCUACAAAACCAUACAUAUACUUUCAAGCAAAUGGUAUCAAUAGUUUAAUUGGGAAGGACUUAUUUAUCUCCAAGUUAAAAUUUAAAAAUUUAAUUGAAUAUAAAAAACAUAUAAAACUUACUUAGAUAUUUAGUCAUAUCAUUAUUACUGGAAACGUGUCCUAUUGAAGUUAGAAUUGCAAAUCCUUGUCAGCUUAGAACUAGACUUAUAUUACCAGUAUAUAUAAAGCAGCCAGCAGCUUACAUGCUGAAGCCCACUUUCUCUAUUUUUCUUCUUCUUCUUACAAACAAGAGUACCUUGAAAGCUCAGUAUUCAAUCUGAAAGUUGUGGUAAGUGAAACUUCAUGUUCUAUGACGAAUUACUUUUGGGUUUUGUGUUGUCUAUCGGAUUAAUUAUAAAGUUUAAUCUAAUUAGGGCAUAUGACUUAAAUUGCUAAGUACUGCAUUAAUAUUAUCAUGAGUACAUUCAUAGCUUUGGGAGAAUAAGACAACAAGUACUAACAUCUUUUCUUUUAAGGGGAGAGACAGAAAAAAUUUCAACUUUUACCAACCAUCGUCGACAUUAUCUAGUUCAAUUUUAGAAAAUUUUUUGAAAGAUGGUUUAGUGUUUGAACCAAUAGCUAGAAUACCAUAACGAGACUUGAACUAGAGUGGUAGAAGACUUCUAUUGGCAUAAGGAGACUAGCUUUGUUGAGAAAGUAACCCAGUACACUUACAAAAGAGAGAUGGCUGCUCACCAAAGCUUUUGGCAGCUUCAAUCUUAACUGUUUCUUUUUUCCAUAUUGGAUGUUGUUUGCUAACAAGAAUAAUGAUGUUGCUACUUGAAGAGACAGAAACUUUGAUACAAUGGCUGAAACCAGGAUGGGAAGUAAAAAACAGAAAUCGGAGACUACUUACAACAAGGAGAUGGCACAAGUUCAACCCAACUGGGGAGGCAUGGACGACAACCUUUUGCAGCACGUAUUUCGAUUCCUGCCUACUAAAGAUUUGAUACAUUCAGCUACCUUAGUUUGCCAUAACUGGAAGUUAGCAUGUUGGGAGUUUUUGUUUUGGAAGGACCAUGAGACGCUUGACAUAAGCUCAUUGAGGACCCUACUUGGACCCCGUAAGCCUCUGCUUAAAGGACUCAAGUAUGUGAUGAAAUUGGAUACAAAGGAAGGCUGCUGCCCAGUUCGUAUUAGAAACAUCAUAUUUUCUACUCAUUUGGAUAUGAAGUUCUACCAUUUGGCUUUCGUUGCGAAGAGGUCACCAAAGCUUAGAACGCUGGUGCUACCAGGAGCAUGUGAUAUCACCAUGGAUCUUAUUUCAACGAUCAUUAAAAAAAACUGGGGAGAGCUUGAAGAGUUGUCCCUUGGACCACUUGCACAUGACUGUUCGGAUCGUUUCUUUCAAAGAAUAUCCAAUUGCAAGAACCUGACUAGAUUACACAUCUUUGGCUCACCUUUAUCAUCAACAGCAAGUCGUACACACUUCAUUCUAGAUGAGAACAACGCUUCGAUCAUAGCAGAACAUCUGCUGCAGCUCAGGGUAUUCAACAUAGACGGAACAAAGCUGCACAAAUUUGGUGUGGAGACUCUCUUGUCCGAAUGCAAAAAUCUGACAGAACUUAACUUAAGACAUUGUCGUGGAGUCGUUGAUCCACCAAUUUCUUUCUUAAUCCUAACCCCAAAAAUGAAAUUACUGCGGAAAACUUUGACAGUGAAGAUCAAAAGUGGCAGCGUGAAGAACUGUACCAAGACAUGGUUCACUUGUUCAUCAGGGGAUAGCUCACUUUGUACGGCGGAAGAGUUGGUAAAUCAAUUGUGGACAGGGGAUGUAGAAGAAAUUGUUCGUUUUAAACUUCAAAUUUUUACGAAAUUAAAUUUGAUUUGAGAAUAUAAAUGUAAAUAAUUAAUUUUCACUUAAAAUAAAUUGAUU